CUCUCUUUAGAGCAACGGAGAUUCCUGAAGAGCCUGGAUGUCAGCCUGGGUAGUGGACAUGGCCGGUGGGUGCCCAUGGGCCAGGCUGAGAGGGGAGGGCCUGCCGCCUCCGCCUCCCCAGGGUCAGUGCUUCACCAGGAGCCCUGGCGAGUCCAGACCAACCUGGCCAGCCCUAGCCCCCGCCUGAAGGACACGGCUGGCCGGCUGAUGAACUCAAGUUUCCGGCAGCAGAGCAACCUGCGGCCCCUGGGAGUCCUCCCCCAAGGGAGAGCCCGAGAGUGUGCCAUCCAGCAGAGCAACCUGAGCCCGAGAGAGCCCAGCUCAGCUGAGUGUGGAAGUGGCACCAGCCCCCACCUCUGGUCAGAUCCUCAGGAAAGCUUCUGGCCCCACGUGGUGCCUCAGGGAGGCUCCCUACCCCAAGGGCCACUGGCCCGCCCAUCCUCCAGCCUGAGGCGGUCCCGGCUGCAGGCCACAGACACCCCUUGCCGGGACUUCAGGCCUGCUACGGGCUAUGCCCCUCUUGAUAGGCACACACGGCCAGGCCCCAGAUCCUGGCGUGGCCUGGGGAGCUGGACCUCCAGGCUCAUAGGGGAACCCCUCACCCUGGAGGACCUGUCUGUCCCUGCCCAGAGCCAAGCUCGGGCCUCAUCCCAGGCUGCCAUCUCCCAGCUGCUGGCCUCUGUGCGACGCCUGGAACAGGAGGCAGCCCGCCUCAGGUGCUGGGCAUCCCAGGAGCCCCCAGGCCCUUUGCAGCAGGAGCCCUGGACCAGUGAUGGCCAGGCCGUCCCUGCCUACCCCCAGCCCGGCCAGCUCGAACUUGCUUCCUGGGAUGAGAGGAAGCGACAUCCCGGAGAUCUCAGGGGAACUAAAGAUUUCCCAGACACACCAGGGGUCCAGGCUGAUCUCUUGGACUCUCAGACAAACAGCAAGCCCACAUCACGGGAGACCACUUUGAAGAUGCUGACGGGAGAUUUCCUCGACCCUGAGCAGGGGGUCCUUUCUGCCCACCCUAACAAAGCCCGAAACCUUGGGAGCCUGGAGUCCAAGGUGACCCGCCGGCAGCUGCUGUCCAGAUGUUUCAGAGCCUGGUGGCAGUUGGUGUGGAGGCAACGGGCAGCGGCAGCGGUGGUGGCCCUGAGCCACAGGCAGCUGUUAUGCAGGGGCCUGCAGGCACGGCGGUGGACACGGUGGCUCCGGGAGGCCCAGCUGGAGGUGGCAUGGGGGCGACACACUCAGGCCCUGCUGGCCCGGAGCUUCCACAAGUGGAGAAAACUGACUCAGCAGCAGAAACAGGGGCAGCCCCACAUCCAGGCUGGGCCAGGACCUCCACCCCCUAGGGGAGGUCAGGGUCAAGGGUCCUCAGGAAGGAAGGCAGCGGUGGACCCCACCCAGAGGAGCAGUCCAGGGAGUCUGAGGGUGGAGGCAAAAGCCCAGCCGAUCCCAUCAAGCACUGCGCCGAGACCAGAUGGAGGCAGAGGAAUCCAGAUCCUACAGGCCCUGCAACAACUGGCUGCCUUCCUCCUGUGGUGCCAUCAGAAGGAAUGGGCCAGGCAGGAGAGGGGGAUCCAGGGAGAGGCCUCCCGGGCCAUGUUGAGGACUCAGAGGAUGGGGAGGCCCCCCCAGGCCUGGUGCUCUCCUGCUGCAGAUGCAGCCUUGGUAGCCCCACUGGAUCUCCAGCACCAGAGAGCCUGGCUCUGCAGGUGCUUUGGGGCCUGGCAGCAGUUGGUGAAAAGACAGACCCGAUACCGGCACCACCUGGCCGACCGCCAGGUGGGGACCCUGAGGAUGUGCCUGCAACAGUGGGUGUGCAUGAAACAGCUCCGGGCCUCGGAUGGGCUGAAGGUGACCCAGCUGUCCCUGUGCCAGCAGAAGGCGGGGAACAUGGCCCUCCACAGCUCAGCCGGUGGAGGGGCCAUAGUCCAUGGUCUAGGCCACUGCCCCCAGGGGCUGCCCCAGGAGCAAGGCCAGGGCUCCCUGCAAAAAGCCUGCCGGAGAUUGGCCCUCCACCGGGUGCUGCUGCUCUGGAGGAGGCGGCUCUCCCAGCACCAGCAGGCAGACUCCUGUUUCCAGUUCACACAGCGGCAGAUGCUAAGACGCACCCUGAGGGCGUGGCGCUUAAGGGUGUGGGGUUCUGGCAACCAAUCAGGCAACGCCAGGAUCACCUUGGCUCCAGAACCGCUAGGUCACGCCCUGGGAGAGGAGGCCUCCCUGGGCUGCAGCGUGCCCCACAGCUCUCUAGGGAAGGCUUCCGGGGUCCCCGCCCUCCUGGAGACCCUUUGGCUGAACUUCCUGUGGGCAGCUGGGCGGCGGCAGCAAAGGCAGUGCCUUCUGCUCUGGCAGGCGAGGGCCCAGCAAUCUCGGGGUGCAGCAAAAUGGCACCGGCACACUCUUCAGAGGCGCAUCCUCCUCGGCUGGAGCCACUGGGCAACAGCCCAAGGGUCCCUGAGAGAGCUGGCUGCCCGCUGGGCCUGGGACCGGAGCUGCAGAGCCACCCUGGGCCUCUGGCGGCGGCGGCGGGAGCUGUGGCAGGAGGCAGAGCAGUGGGCCAGGGAGCGAGGCCGGAGACUGGUGCGGGAUGCCCUGCGCCACUGGCACUCCUGUUGGCAGAGGCAGCAAUUCCUGCGUGGGCAGUACCAGAGGUGGGUGCAGGUCCACCUCCAGGGCCUGCGAAGGGCCGCGUUCUGGGGCUGGCAGCAGGCGGCAGCUCGUCGGAGACACAUGAUGGCCCGAUCAGAGCAGCUUCUACUGCAGAGCCACUUCCAGGCCCAAGGUGAAGCUGUGAGAGAUGCAGGGAUGCUCUGGGCCCAGCAUCCAGCCUUCCAGGAUGGCCUGAGGAGACGGGCACCGGGGGCUACCUUCACUGCACGGCGGGAAGGCCGAGUGGCCGCAGCCCAGGCACGGGAACAGCGCCUGGCCUGGGCCUGCAUUGCCCGCCGGCAAAGCCAUGUGCAGAGGCGCUGGGUGGACAGGCAGCGGAGGAGGGCCUGGGGCCAGCAGGCCUUUGUAGCCUGGCGAGUGGCCCUGGGCCAGCACUGUGAGGCUCGCCAACUGGCAGAAGAAAGAGUUCGGGCCCAGGUCCAGGUGGCCCUGUGCUGGACACUGUGGGUGCGUGAGUCCCACCUACACCGGCUCAGCCGAGCCCACGCUGCCUGGAAGCUGAGCGCCAGGGUCCUAGAGGUGUGGGCCCAGUCAGCUGCCCAGGGCCGUGCCCAGCAGGUCACCAUCACCCAGUUCCAGCAGGCUGGGCCGAGGCGCCUCCUGCAAACCUACUGGGCCCAGUGGCGGACAGCACUGCUCAGAGUGUGGCUGCAACCUGGGGCGGAGGCCCAAGAGGCCAGCACAGCCCAUCCCAGACCCAGCGCCCAUCUCAGACACCUGCCCAGACUGGCCAGCAGAGGACACCUCCUGGCGCGAAUGGAUGCUGCGGCCCCAUGGAAGCAGACCCGCAGCUACAGGCCACAGGCCACAGGCCCCACGCUGCCCAGCCCAACACAGCACCGCAGCCUCAGUGGGCAGAGGAAGCGGAAAGAAACGUCCUGGGCUCAGAGUGACAGGGUGCCCCCCCUCGGCCUGCAGUGGCCUGGAUGUGCCAGCUGGGCCCAGGGCCGGCCCCCUACAGGACCGGGAUGGGACUGCAGAUCUGAGACCAGUGCCAUCAAGGGCAAAGGGCAGGUGGAUAAGAGGUGGCUGGGGAGGAAAUACCUACAACGCUGGCGCCUUGAGACACUGUUUUGCCGGCUGCAGGGUUCCCAGCAGGCCAGGCGCCUGGCAGCGACGUGGCAGCACUGGGUAGAUGCUCAGGGGGCAGAGGAGCUGGCACACACACUGCACAGGCAGUGGCACCUGAGACGGACCUGGCGAAUGUGGAGGCAGCGGGUCGUGCAGCUGAGGGUGGCUCGGCGGUUACAGCAACAAGGCCUUUGAGAAGUGGCACCAGAGCCUGGCAGCUAGGGUCCAGAGAAGGGGAG